UUUUCAUUUUAUAAACAUAAAGUUUAUAAUUAUACUGUAGCUUCCAUUUUGCAUGGUAAUCCACAGAAACCUUAUCAUUAUAUUACUCUUGUCAUGCAUUUCUAAGAAAGGAAUGCGCUUGCUUUGUUCUCUUAUCCAUUUUGCAGUUCAUAGUAAUUCAUAAAGUGGCUCACUUAAUGUACACUUACCGUAAUCAUCCAUUCACAUCAUUGGUGACAUAAGCUAUAGUCCAUUGUGCAGUGUGGCUAUGAAUUGUGAUGACACCAAUAGCUAAUGUGAUUAAUGCUGUGCAGAAUUUAUCCAGCUUCCAUCAAUUUGUAUAAUAGGCUGGUUACUACAUGUCAAGUCUGGAACGUAUUAUCUAAUUGGUCUGGUUAUGCCAGCAGUUGCUUGCCAUUAGCUAGGGUUUUUUUUGUUUUGCUGUUGCCAAGCACCAAACGAGAUGAUUUAUCGACAAGAGUUAUAUUUACCAAAUUUGUCUGUGGAAAGUAAGCAAUAAAUUUUGUAUUGGCGAUUUCGGCCCACGUGUCAUUGAGCAUACUCAGAUUGAAGCAAAAUGGUGGAUUUUAUAUUGGCUAUUCUGCCAAUCAUGAAUAUUAAUUUCUUGCCAAUAAAUCGUCUUGUUACUGGAUUACUUACUACAGCACAUACACUACAGCACAUUGUUAUACUCAUCAACUGUUUUUGUUUGAUAGUGUACGGUGGUUUUGAGCAGUGGAAGACGCUCGUUAGAGUUUUGUGUCUCUCAGACUCUGCCCUCUCGGCCCAUCCACAUCUCUUCAUUAACUUCAUGACUGUCCUUCAUUUUCAGUUAAGAGAGGUACCGGAGCAAUUUUUUGUUGACAUAAUCUCCAGUGACAACUUUCUGACAAGCACACUUCAGGUAUUUUUUACAAACAUCCAAGAAGGGGAUUCCUUGAACUCUACCUUAAAGGAAAAAGCAGCUAUGUUCAAGACUAGUUUGUCUAAGCGAUUCCAGUUUGAUUUUACUACAGAAUUACAAGAAAACAUGCCUAUGAUUGUCAACGAACAUGAUACUUAAAAAUGAAUUUGUCACUUUAUCAACUACCAACUCAUGCUUCCUUGUACAUAUUAUGUAUGUGUCUUUUUUCUGUUCAGAGUAAUGAUUAAUUUUUUUUGGAUUCUAAUAUUCCUCCUUUUUCAGUUCCAGUCAA